CAAUACCAGAUUGAAAUCUAACUGGUCAAGAGUUGGAAAUCUAACUUACCAAAUUAAUGGCGGAUUAAGUCUGCUAUCAACUCAAGUGUUGAAAAUCCAGAAGAAAUUCCAGUAAUUCAUUGAUCCAUAUUCCAUGGCAGAGGUAGAAAAAAUUCAUGUGUUUUGGGAGGAGGGGAUGUUGAAGCACGAUACGGGUCGUGGGGUGUUCGAUACCGGGUCAGACCCGGGUUUCCUAGACGUCCUUGAAAAGCACCCUGAAAAUGGGGAUAGGAUCCGAAACAUGGUCUCUAUCUUAAAACGGGGCCCCAUUUCUCCUUUCAUUUCUUGGCAUCAAGGAAGACAUGCUUCUGUAUCCGAGCUCUACUCUUUUCACUCUCCAGAAUACAUCAACGAAUUGGAAGAAGCAGAUAAAGCUGGAGGGAAGACAAUUUGUUGUGGAACUUUUCUAAACCCUGGCUCCUGGGAAGCGGCUCUUCUUGCUGCUGGCACUACGCUCUCAGCUAUGAAGCAUAUAUUAGAUGGUCAUGGUAACAUUGCUUACGCAUUAGUCAGGCCACCUGGUCAUCAUGCUCAGCCAACUCAAGCGGAUGGAUAUUGCUUUCUAAACAAUGCUGGUCUCGCCAUUCAAUUAGCAUUGGAUUUUGGUCGUGCUAAAGUGGCUGUUAUUGACAUUGAUGUUCAUUAUGGAAAUGGGACUGCAGAAGGCUUCUAUCGUUCCAAUGAAGUUCUUACAAUAUCCCUUCAUAUGAAUCAUGGUUCUUGGGGACCAUCACACCCCCAAAGCGGAACCCUUGAUGAGCUCGGUGAAGGAGUGGGGUUUGGGUAUAAUAUAAACAUACCUUUGCCUAAUGGAAGUGGGGAUCGUGGAUAUGAAUAUGCCAUGAAGGAGCUUGUUAUUCCAGCUGUUCAAAAAUUUGAACCAGAUAUGAUUGUCUUGGUUGUUGGACAAGACUCAAGUGCGUUUGACCCAAAUGGAAGACAAUGCUUGACAAUGGAUGGAUACAGAGAAAUAGGAAGAAUUAUUCGCAACUUGGCCAAUACACAUUGCAAUGGCCAACUUCUCAUCAUCCAGGAAGGCGGCUACCACAUCACAUAUGCAGCUUAUUGUCUUCAUGCGACACUUGAAGGUGCGAUGUAUCUUCAAAACCCUUUAUUAUCUGAUCCUAUUGCUUACUACCCAGAGGAUGAAGCCUUCACUUUGAAGGUCAUUGAUCAGAUGAAGAAACAUUACACGAAAAAUGUUCCUUUUCUGAAGGAAAAUACUUAGGAGCAAUUAUGGAACUUGUUCUUUCUGAUAUUUCAUAUUCUGCUUCUUUAGGCCAUGUAAAUUAAUGGUUAAAGUAAACUUAUGAGAGACUCUUUUGUCAAUGUCUAGGAAAUUUGUGCAUAGUGAAAAGAAGCGGAAAGCCGGAAACUAUUAUAAACUUCUAAUAUUUGUAAAAUGGGUCUCAGACUCCAUAUAUGAGAAUAAUUUGGAGUUUUCGAUGUGUAAAA